AGCAUUUAGAGCAAUAGUUUUUGGUUGUUAGCAAUGGCCACGGAAUGUAUGACGAACUCAGGCCGGGAUUCAACACAGCGUGUGGAGUUUGGUUGCUCGGAAGAGUCGAUGGUGCCAGAGAAAUUCGUGUGGCCGGACGAGUUUAAACCAAAGGAGGGGUUGCCGGAGCUGCAAGUUCCAAAAAUUGACUUGCAAAAGUUUUUAAGUGGAAAUGAAAGUGAUAUUGAAGAGACAAUAAGGUUGGUGGAUGAAGCUUGCAAAAAGCAUGGAUUCUUUUUGUUGGUGAACCAUGGAGUAGACAUGGAAUUGAUGAAAAAACUUCAUGGGUGUAUGGAGGAGUUCUUUACUUUUCCUUUUGAUGUCAAACAGAAAGCUCAAAGAAAAUUUGGUGAAAAUUUUGGGUAUGCUAAUUCCUUCAUAGGACGAUUCUCCAAUAAUCUUCCAUGGAAGGAAACCUUAUCCGUUCCUUAUGUUGCUGAUCAAAAAUCAACCGCUCACGAUUAUAUCCUUGAAAUAUAUGGCAAUGAACUCUCCCAUCAUGGGAAGGUGUAUCAGGAGUGUGGAGAAGCAUUGAGUGAAUUGGGUUUGAAGAUAGUGGAGCUUUUGGGGUUAAGCCUCGGGGUUCCAAAAGAGAGAUUCAGGAAAUUCUAUGAGGACAAUGAAUCAAUAAUGAGGCUAAAUUAUUACCCACCAUGCGAGAAGCCAGAGUUGACAUUAGGAACUGGGCCUCAUUGUGAUCCAACCUCCAUAACAAUUCUUCACCAAGACCACGUCAGCGGCCUUCAAGUCUACGUGGAUGAUGAGUGGCACACAAUUCCUCCAAUAACGGACUCCUUUGUCAUCAACAUUGGUGACACAUUCAUGGCACUGACAAAUGGGGUUUACAAGAGCUGUUUACACCGAGCUGUAGUGAACUGCAAGGAAGCAAGAAAAUCAAUGGCUUUUUUUCUAAAUCCAGCAGCUGACAAAGUGGUGAGAGCACCGGAUGAAGUGGUGGAGAAAAAUCCACCAAGAAAGUUCCCAGAUUUCACAUGGCCAAUGCUUCUUCAACUCACCCAAAAGUUUUAUAGGUCCGAUUCCAACACUCUCAAGGCCUUCAUUCCUUGGCUUGAAGAACAACAAAAAUUGGCCAAUGAUACUAAUACUGCACCACCUCUUUAAAAAACAGUAUACCGUUCUAAAACCCUACGAAUCUCUCUCUUUUUAAUUAUGUCAAUAAAGUUAAAAGAAGUACUGUCUUCUUUAAUUUAGGGAGUUCUUAAUCUGUUUCAUUUCAAGUUUAUGGAAAACACAAGUAGAGAGAGAUAUCAUUUAGUAGUACUAUCUGAUGUAAUUUGGUUUUUAUUUAUAUGUCUUUUGUCUUUUUCUCUGGGGAUUGGAUGUUGUAAGAACUAAAUUAAAUUAAUAAUAUACACAAAUACACAUAUUUUUCGCUUUA